UGACAUAAUAGGCGUCAAUGUGUUGACCGAAAUCCACAAACAAAUCAAAUGACUGUUUGUAUAACAUUUGAUUCAAUUGACUGCACUAUCACUGGAACCGAUAGAUCAAUACUUUGUGUCAUUCAUUGACUACUUAUUUUGUUACGACAAUGACUUUCAUCACAAUUAAUAAAUAAUCACAUUUUUAAAUAGUUUGCCAAACAAUUUGAAGACCGCACCCAACAGUCCUACGACCAGCCGGUGCUGUCAUUAUGAAGUGCCAACUCUUUCGUGUCAUUGACUUAUUAGUGGUGUUGUCAUCACUGGUGUCGUUGCCAUUAAUUAGUUGCGAAUUGUUCACAGCUUUAGUCCAUUUGGAGAAACUGUUGAAUACAGAGAAACAGAUCGUUGGUUCUCUCGAAGAAUACCUGUCCGCUGAAGAACAACGACUCAAACAACUGAGACGACUGUCCAAACAUUACUCUGAAUUAAAUUUAAUUGCCAGCAAAGACACUGAAUCUUAUUUAGCGAAUCCAAUCAAUGCAUAUCUGUUGGUCAAGAGGUUAACCACCGAUUGGAAAGAAGUUGAAGCACUGAUCCAAUCGGAUAAAAGACAUAUAAUCGAUGUGUUGCAGCAAAACGAGACCUUUCCCUCAGCUGAAGACUUAUCAGGUGCAGCGGAGGCCUUACUUAGACUUCAAGAUACUUACAAAUUGGACACAACAUCAUUGGCCAAUGGGUUUAUUCCGGUUAUGGACACAAAGAAAAAUGAAUUGGAAGUAGGAGUACAGCCGCCAGAAAUACGUAUCCCGUUGUCAUCUAAUGAUUGUUUUGAAUUGGGCCGUCAGGCUUACAUCAAUCAGGACUACUAUCACACUGUCCUAUGGAUGCAGGAAGCGUUAGACCGAUUGGAAAGAGAAGACUUACCAACAGACUUGAACCGAGCAAUUAUUUUAGAGUAUUUAGCUUUUUCCACUUAUCAAAAGGGAAACGUUAGACUAGCACUUCAAUUAACUCAUCAAUUGCUUGAUAUAUCACCUGACCAUCCCAGAGCACAGGGCAAUAUUGAUUACUAUGAGAGAGAACUAUCUCAAAAUAUUAAUGCAAAGAAAAGAGGUGAUGACGGAGAGGUUCCUAUGGAUGACGCCAUCGUUGAAUCGGCCAACUCAUGGUCUGUGGAGGAAACCGAACGCCAGACAUAUGAGGCUCUUUGUCGCGGAGAGAAACGUAUUAGCGAUAAGACUGCCUCUCAAUUGAUGUGUUUUUAUUUGAACACUACUUAUAUACCAUUUUUAAAACUAAUUCAUAUCAAAGUCGAAGAAGCAUUUAAAAGGCCACAAAUAGUCAUAUUUCAUGAUUUUAUGUCUGAUUAUGAGAUAGAAGUGGUUAAGUCAUUAUCAGAGCCUAAGCUCAAGAGGGCAACUGUCCAAAACUCAGUGACCGGUAAUCUCGAAACUGCCAAAUAUAGGAUCUCAAAGAGUGCAUGGCUUACAAAUAGAGAGCACCCGGUUGUGCAACGAAUCACACAACGAAUCAGUGCUAUCACUGGACUUGAACUGUCCACUGCUGAGGAAUUACAAGUUGUUAAUUAUGGUAUUGGAGGCCAUUAUGAACCUCACUUUGAUUUUGCCAGACGUGAAGAAAAGGAUGCAUUUAAGUCAUUGGGAACGGGCAAUAGGAUAGCCACUUGGCUUAACUACAUGAGCAAUGUAGAGGCAGGAGGUGCCACAGUGUUUCCCCAUUUAGGUAUCACAUUAUGGCCUAAGAAGUCGACGGCAGCUUUUUGGUAUAAUUUGCAUAAAUCAGGUGACGGCGAUCUCUUGACCCGACACGCGGCCUGUCCUGUACUCGUUGGCUCCAAAUGGGUCUCUAAUAAAUGGAUCCACGAAAGAGGUCAAGAGUUUCGUAAGCCAUGCGGUCUUAAGAUCAAUGAAUAUAAUAUAAUUCAAAAUAUUUGAGUUAUAAAAUUGGCUUUUGAUAUAUUACUCAUUUAAUAUAUUGAUUUUUUAGCUAAACUAGUCUUUUUUAAAGUAAAUGCUUAACAAUUGUUACCUAUAUAGCAAUAAAACCAAUGGCAACUAAAUUAAAAGU